AUGGAGGCCAACCAAUCGAUCGAAGGCGCAGUUUCACCCAGCCCGAAUUACGUCUCUGAUGGCAUCGUUCCAGUCAGCGCCGUAUUCCUAACGCUCUCUACCUUUUUCUUGGCUCUGCGAGUAUACACCAGGGUUCGACUCCUCAAUGCAUUUUAUUCGGAGGAUUAUAUCCUCGUCACUGCUUGGCUAUUCAGUACUGCAUGGACCAUAAUUUGCCUGGAACAGGAAGAGGACGAGACUAGAAGGCACCUAUGGGCCAUACCGAAGGAGGCCUUGAUUGUCUCUUCGAAGUGGGCGGCAGCUUCAAUAUUUCUCUACGUCCCAGCAACCGCCCUCCCAAAACUCGCCAUCCUAGUAUCCUACCUGCGGAUACUCCCCAACAAAAACAUCCGUAUCAGUGUCUACGCUGUCUUUUUCAUCACCAUUGGCUACAUGGUUGCCUCCUGCUUGGCUUUCCUGCUCCAGUGUCAUCCCGUUGCGCGGAUAUGGGAUAUGGUUAUACCGGGUGAAUGUCACGUCAUAUCCAACUUUCUUGUCAAUGGUGUCUUCAACUUCGCUAUCGACAUCAUGGUCCUUCUCCUACCAGUACCAGUGUUGAUGGAGUGGAGAGUCAGUAGCCGCAUGAGGGCUCUAAUGGGAAGUGUCUUCGCCAUCGGCUCAUUAGCAUGUAUCGUCAGCGCGGUCCGAAUCUACUUCAUCGCUCGCGGUCUAAACACCUUUCGAACGGGGAUCGCCGUCAUCAUCGGCAUACCCAGAUCCCUUGGUGUGGUCGAAACCAACCUUUCCAUAAUCUGCGGAUGUAUUAUGGUCAUGCGACCGUUCUUACGAAGACACCUUCCUUUCCUCCUUGAGAUCGGCUCUCAGCGUGUCGAACACAAACACGCUGGUGUUAUCGAUGACGAACAGCCACUAAAGGUGUUCAGCAUUACCGUCGAGAGCAGACUGAUGAAGACAGGCGCUGGCUUUGGUGGUGUCAAUAGCAGCGCAGGCUGGAUUUGGGAUCAUAGGAGCAGGAUCGGCACCCGUGCUAUCGUUGAUACCGCCACUCAAGAUUUGGACAUGGAAGGCGCGAGAGAUUGGCCUUUGAGGCAUGAUUUGUCGCCGAAAGCAGAAAGAGCUGACAACGUGAUUGAAGAGAUAUACUACGCUAGUAAUGACCCAGAGCUUGCACGAAAGACACAAACGACGCGGACCUUCAGCCGGGGACCCAAGUAA